GUCGCGCGCAUGUGUGCGUGUGUUGUUGAGCCGCGCUCUCUGUUUAUCGCGUGGUACUGUGGCCGGCGAGCGCCUCGCACUCACGUGCGUUUCGCGAACUCCGAGUUUUCCGGCGGCUGCCGAUUUACAUUAGCGUUCUAUGGUGUUUUUCAACAGUUUAUUGGUGCUAAUUCGUGCCGGGCGUUAGGAAAACAUUAGAGAGUCCUUUUAUUAGCUCGCGUUUUGUCGGUGUGGCAUAUAAAUAUUAUAGUUGUUUUCGGCGGAUGCGAUGAAUAAAUUUUGCAAAUCGAGUCUGUGUGCCGAAAAGAAGAAUCGUGAUAGCUAUGUUUUGAUCGGUCGGAGUGGUGUGCCGGGCGGGUUGGAUGCGAUUCGACUUGCUCUCAUCCUGACAUCUUCAAGAUUUCGGUGCCUUUUGGACUGCGACUUUGUAGCACAUAAGGACAUUGGAGUGAAAACCACACAGUACUCUCACGCUAUACCCGGCGUAUAUUAAGAUCACGAAACGUUACCAACGUUACCUUAACCCGUGAAGACUUCUACUCGUAAGACUAAAGUGCCAUCGGGAACCAGUUUACCACGAUCAGUGAUAUUUAGUGUUAACAUAGUGUUAGUGUAUUCGUGAUAUAGACUAGUAUUGAUAGUUUUAGUGUGAUACGUGACCAAAAAGAAGCGAAGCUGGCUCCCUACAAGGAUAUAAUGAAUUCGUCGAGCAUGAGCUCAGCUGUGCCGACAAUCAAAUGUGAAGACACUUCCCCGUCGCCGACGGCUGCCGUCGGGACAGACGGGGAAUCUGGUGCCUUCCUCAGCGUGAAUGUUAAUUUGAACGCUGCUAUGAUUAAUCUCCUAGCAGCAGAGAAUGCGGGCACCACCACCUUACGGACCCCGGAAAUCGUGAAUGACGUCAUAACCAUGACGAACCCCUUAGACCAGUAUAAUUAUGACAAGAACUCAAACUUUAAGAGCAUAAGCGGGAAUGAUUCUAACUCCUCCAUGUCCAAUGGCUCGUCAGCCACUUCACCAGCCUCCUCCACUCCGCCGAGUAUACAAAAGACGUGUUCGGAAUUAAUAAAGGCUGGCUUGAAGUUGUCGAUAGAGUCGAAGCGGAAGAUGUCCGGCAGUGAUACGGAUGGCGGGAUGAAGCGGAUGAAAAAGGAGGAAAGCGACGAGGAUUAUGACAGCAGUCACACACAGCCGCCUAAAAAUGAGUUAACACCAGAAGACGAAGAGCGGAGACGUCGCAGAAGAGAACGGAACAAAAUAGCAGCGACCAAGUGCAGAAUGAAGAAGAGAGAACGGACCGUGAACCUGGUGAACGAGAGUGAGGUGUUGGAGAACCAGAAUAUUGACCUUAAAGCACAACUUAAGGAUUUGGAGGUCCAGAAACGACAGCUGAUGGAUAUGCUAUCGGUCCACGCGGCGUCAUGUCUCAAAAACAAUUCCAACCGAACGUCUCCAACUACGUCGUACAACUUGCUGCGAUCUUAUGAGUCCCCAACAACAUUCCCCGUCAACUUCGAUGCUCACUCACCUUACAUAAGACCCGAAUCCGCCAACAUCCUGGCUUCCAGCUAUACGUGCGUCACACCACUCAACGGAAACUCUUCCAUAGACAGCAUAUCCCCACUGGACUCUACUUACAUCGCACCCCAGACCAUAGACGUCGAUUACAGUAGACCAGACAGUGUCCUCAGUCUUCCCCCCACUUCCGACGCAAAUUACAUCACCACUGACGGAUACUUGCCCAAAGCUACCAACAUCCUCGGUCCCAUGGAACCAGAAGCCGAGUACUAUGAUUCUGAACUAAAUUAUAAUGUUCCGAGCCAACAAUGCCACUCUUACCCCGGCACUAUGCAAGACGCUCAAACGAAACUCAACAACCUAAACGACGGCUGUUUAGUUUAGCCGAGGGGUAAGUAUCUCUCCGUCGGGUCCAAAAUUUACUUUCGACAUGUAUACGUAUUUAGAUCUUGAAUAAUUCGAAAUGUUCAUCAGUCUUCACAUCGUUUCGCUUCCAAUUCUGUGAUUAAAAUUUUAUAGGUUGUUUAUGUUGAAAUUAUAGUUGACGAAAGGAUUAUUUCGAAACGAAAUUGUAUGUCUACUGUGUAGAACAACAACGUAGAAUAGUGCGGUGCCCCUUAGCUCUUUGGAUUUGAAAUUUCAUUAAAAUUUAUCAGUUGAGUUCCGAAAGUCGCAACGCGGCUCAUUUUUAUUCAGUAUAUUUUUUACGUGUUUACAAAGUGUUGUGAAAAUAAUUUUGAGUCACCGUUGUCAAAUAACAUUAAACUGUGUAACAGUUUCCUUAGUUAGAUACACGUACAUAAUAUUUAAUUAAGUUGUUUAACUCUAACAUUACCGCAUCGUUAUAAGUUCUAUAAUUUUGCUUUGAUCUGUACAAAAUAUUUAUUAAAUUUUAAGAUCUGAUUAUCAUAACGUUGCACUAAGAUGUCGGGUAUUUUAAAUAUCCCCAUUUAGCCGCCAUAAGUCUAGUCGACUUUCGACACCAAAUACACAAAACAUCACAUAAUAUCUUCCAGUACAAUAAAUGGAAUACCUCCUGUUGAAAUUCCAGAAGUAUAUUUUAUGUUAAAGAAAUUAUUUUCACAGAUUAUAAAGGGAUAUAUUACCGUAUUGUGUAAGAUUGCAUAGUUUAAGACGCUUUAUCUCAGAGUAAGACGUGAUAUAUUGUAUUGUAACUUGUUAUAACUAAUUACUGUAUAAAUUUUAUGAUAUUCAGCUUUUUAUAUUUCUCAGCUAUUUGACACAAAGUGUCCCACUUAAAUCUAUCAUAAGUGCCUAUAUUUAUUUGUUACUUGGUAAUUGAUUUAAUAUAUUCUUCUUGACAUUUUAAUUAUAUCGUACCUACAUCUUAAAAAUAAUUAAUAUUAAGAAGUUUUAAAAAUAUAUUUGAGCUAUUCUAUAAUUACUAAUGACAUGUAUGAUAUUUUGAUGAAAUAAUACCUAGUUAACAUUUUCAAUAUUUUUAAAGGAAAGUGAGAAAUAGCUUCAAUAUACUACACAGUGAAAUAACUAUUAUGGCAAUCAACUGUCGAUUUACACGACAAUUUCUAUACUAAAUAUGCCUUUAUCAUCCUUCACGAUCCGUAUAAAUGGACACACUAAAAAUAAACAUGAAGUAAAAGAAAAAUAUGAAUUUUAUAUAUUAUUUGUAUGUUAUUAAAGUACAUAUUUGAUGUAAUUUAUAUAGCUGGUUGCCUUAGAAAGAUCGUGCCUUUUACCAGUGAACCUAGUCUAACGACUGCUGGCAGUGACAAUCGAAGCAGUCAGUCGCGCAAGCAUUUAUUUUUAUAGAUUUGUAAUAAUCUAGAAUAAAGCAUCAUCGGCACAAAUCAAACAUCUUUAUAUUUUUAAUUAGAAAUUACGCCUCUGCUUAAUUUAACUUAGGUGUUACAUAGAGUUAUAGAGUAACCGUUAAUGUUUUGUUAUUUAUGGUAUGCUUUCAAAAUGUAUGCUUAAUCUGUGGUUAAUGGUUAUUAUUGAAUGGAUGUUUUGAUUUGACCUCAAAGUAAUCUUUCGUUGAGAUUGUCUUUUGAAGGUUUGUAUAUUGAGUUAGGGUAGCAUUAACAACAUAUUUGAAAAAUAAAUGCGAUUAAAAUUUUUAACAGUACAUUAGUAAGUCUUCUUUUAUUCAUAUAUUAUUUAAUUUUUCAAUAAAAUUUAAUUACAAAUGAACUGCGUAUUUGAAUUUUAAAUGGAAAAGUACAUUCUAAAAUAUAAAUAAUAAUAAAAUAACUUUACACAUAUCUGUCUGUAUUCAUGUAAAUUGUAUAAAGUUAUAGUUUCAUGAAAUUAUUUUAAGUUUUAACAAAGAAGCAAGACUAUCAAAUAUAUUUUAUGUUAUUAGACAUAUGUUUUUCAUUUGAAUCAUGUCACAAAUGAUAGCGUGCUUAUCUUUAAAGUAGUGUAUUAAUAAAUAAGAAUUAUAACGAGAUUGUACACUAUGAAGCACACAAUAUUUUAUGUUAUGAUAUAUUUUAUAUAACUGUGAAUACAUAUUUGCCUUUAAAAACUUGGAUUAAGUCGGAGUUGUUGCUAUAAAUUUUAUAAUUAGACAUUGUAAGUGUUAAACAUCACUUGUACCUGCUUCUUGAUUAUAAAUAUUUUGACAAUCGAAGCAAAAUUACUGUGCUUAUUUACUUAAAAAAUAAA